UAGGGAGAGUGGGACCUGGGGUCUUGGAUCAGGGUGUGUUUACUUUUCCCGUCAGGUGGGCGCUGCUGGGCAGCAAGGAAACUUUAUUUCCUCCCGGAGGACGCGUUUGCUGUUGCAUUGCACUCAGAGGAUGGUGUCCUUAGACGGCAGCCACCGAAUCGCCUUGCAGCUGUUUGGAUGCUGCUUUUAAAUAAAUCCCACCUUAUUUAGUGUUUUAAUGCUUUGGAAUCCUGCUUUUAAAAAACGUUUGGUCCUAAGAGCUCAGUACCCUGUAGAAUUCCUCAAUCAAAACGAAUUCUAUUCUUUCCUGUGCCCGAAUCGUCUCAAAUGAAACAUGACUGAGGACUCCCAGAGAAACUUCCGUUCAGUAUAUUAUGAAAAAGUGGGGUUUCGUGGAGUUGAAGAAAAGAAAUCAUUAGAAAUUCUCCUAAAAGAUGACUGUCUGGAUAUUGAGAAACUUUGUACUUUUAGUCAGAGGUUCCCGCUCCCGUCCAUGUACCGUGCAUUGGUCUGGAAGGUGCUUCUAGGCAUCUUGCCUCCACACCAUGAGUCCCAUGCCCAGGUGAUGAUGUAUCGCAAGGAGCAGUACUCCGAUGUCCUUCACGCCCUGGAAGUCAUUCGCUUUAUCAGUGAUGCCACACCUCAGGUUGAAGUCUACCUCUACAUGCAUCGGCUGGAGUCUGGGAAGUUGCCUCGAAGUCCCUCCUUUCCACUGGAGCCAGAAGAUGAAGUAUUUCUUGCCGUUGCUAAAGCCAUGGAAGAGAUGGUGGAAGAUGGCAUUGACUGUUACUGGCUCACCCGAUGCUUUGUGAACCAACUGAAUAACAAGUACCGGGAUUUUCUACCCCAGCUGCCAAAGGCUUUUGAACAAUACUUGAACCUGGAAGAUAGCCGACUGCUGAGUCAUCUGAAGACGAGUUCUGCAGUGUCCAAACUUCCCUAUGAUCUCUGGUUCAAGAGGUGCUUCGCCGGGUGCUUGCCUGAAUCCAGCUUACAGAGGGUUUGGGAUAAAGUUAUAAGUGGAUCCUGUAAGAUACUAGUUUUUGUAGCUGUGGAAAUUCUCUUAACCUUUAAAAUAAAAGUAAUGGCACUGAACAGUGCAGAGAAGAUAACAAAGUUUCUGGAAAACAUCCCCCAGGACAGCUCGGAUGCGAUUGUGAGCAAGGCCAUCGACUUAUGGCACAAACACUGCGGGACCCCGGUCCACUCCGCCUGAACAUUCCUGACAUUGUGGACAGUCUGCCAGGCCUGCCCAGAGGGCUUUUCUGGGACGUGAUCUACUAAACUGAUAAUAGGGUUCUCACUUUGGUGCUCAAAGUGUAAUUGUUUUCCCAGCAAAAUUUAUUUAAGAUACCUGGAGUUGCUGUGUUGUGGAAUGGCAUCUUCUGAUUACACAGAACUACAGAGUUCAACUCUGAAUAGCAUUUUUAAAAAAAUUUAUUUUAUUGAAGUAUAUAGGUGAUUUACAAUGUGUUAAUUUCUGCUGUACAGCAAAGUGAUUCAGUUAUACAUAUGUAUACAUUCUUUUUCGUAUUCCUUUCCGUUAUGGUUUAUCACAGGGUAUUGAAUAUAGUCCCCUGUGCUUAUACAAUAGGAACUUGUUCUGAAUAGCAUUUUAAAAGGGUUGUUUGAAAAUAGCUCCCAGCUUGUAAAGCAGUUGAGUCAGGGUGGGUGGGUGCUUGAGUAAGCAGGGUGUAACCAAGCUUGCCCUGCUCCUCUCUACUCAGCACCAAGCUAGUUACUUUCUAAGGUCUAUUUCUGGAAUGACGAACAACUUCCUUAUGUUGACAGCUCGGAUUCGGCUUUUGUUGAUACAGUACCUGUUGAAAUCUAAGCUGACUUUCUAAAUCUUCUGAAACCUAAAUCUGCUUUCUGAGACUUUGUCUUGCUAACUAGGUUUAA